GCACAUCAUAAAAACAAUAAUUCUUUGAAGGUUAUGAGGGCCUAUGUGUGCGUGAACUGUGUGUAUGUGUGCGUGGACUUUAUGUAUGUAUGUGUGCGUGUACUAUGUAUGUAUGUGAGCGUUACGUACGUAGGUUAAGUACAGGGAAUUUAACACCAGGCUGUCAAUUAGUAGGUUCAAAAAUUUGACAGAGAGGGUUCUCUAUUUCCUAUGUAUUACUUUUCUCUAUGAUGCUGUUGCUGUUUUUGAUUUUUGUGAUUCCUACUUUUGAUUCCUUUUGAUCGCUAAUUUCUUGAUGAAAUGGUUUAGAAGUGGAUCUUAAAGCUCGUCUUACUAUUUGUGUACAUGCUAAAUUUAGCUAUUAUUAAUCGAUGAUCGUAAUCGGUAGUCAAUAGUGGCUAGCAUUGCAAUAAUCAAUUUAUAACCUAUAAGCGUAAUAACAAUGUCUGAUAAACAAAAAACGCUUGUAUGCGGAGAUGUGAACGGUAAUUUUAAUGCUCUAUUUUCGCGCGUAGAAUCUAUAGUAAAGAAGUCUGGACCAUUUGAUGUGUUACUCUGCGCUGGGAACUUCUUUGGAGAGGAUAAUUCUCAGCUCGACGCCUACAAACUAGGGACUAGGAAAGUUCCAGUGACCACUUAUGUGUUUGGGCCUUCCAAUAGUGACCAUGUGAAAUAUUACUGUGAAGAAGGGGGAGAAAUUGUACCAAAUGUUAUUUACAUGGGAAGAAGAGGUCUCUUUACAACUAGUUCGGAUGUAAAAAUAGCGUAUCUCACUGGACUGUCCCGCAGAGAGCUUGGAAAAGAGAUUCCGAUGUGUACAUUUGAGCCGAGCGACUGUAGUGCAGUGAGAGAUGCAUGUUUCAGGGGUCAGAGCGAGUACAGGGGUGUGGACGUGCUGAUAACCACGUUGUGGCCCUUUGGGAUUGAGAAGGAUGAGAAUCAACAGAUUGAUGUAGAAAAAGAAAAUCUUUCAGAUCUCCUGGCUUGGUUAUCAAUUCAUAUAAAACCAAGGUAUCAUUUUGUGCCAUCAACUAGCAAAUACUAUGAAAGACAACCAUACAGAAAUCAGAGCAUGCAUCAAGACUACCGAGAAUCUGCCACAAGGUUCAUAGGUUUAGCGCCCGUUGGUAACAAAAUGAAGGAGAAAUGGGUUUACGCCUGCUCUCUGCAGCCUAUCUCAAGGAUGAGAAUGACUGACCUCUUGCAAGCCACCACCGAUGAGACACCAUGUCCGUAUGACGUAGACCUACUUAAGCAACAUCAACCUGGGAAGGUUGUGAAGGUUACUGGCAAUGGACAAUUCUUCUACAACAUGGAUGCUCCAGAUGAUGAUCAUGGGAAACGGAAAAGAAGAGAUGGCAAUAAUUCAGAAAGAAAAAAGCGAGAAUUUGAUCCAGAUAGCUGUUGGUUUUGUCUAUCAUCACCAACGGUCGAGAAGCAUUUAGUAAUAAGUGUUGGUACGCAUUGUUAUUUAGCAUUGGCUAAAGGACCGCUGACUCCUUACCACGCGUUGAUUCUACCUAUUGCUCAUCAUCAGUCCGUUACAAAGGCGCCAGAUGAAAUAGUAAAAGAAAUAAAGCAGUUCAAGGAAGCAUUGAAGAAGUUCUACGCGUCAAUGGACCUAGCGGUGGUGUUCUUCGAACGCAACUUCCGCACGUCCCACAUGCAGAUACAGUCGGUGCCGGUACCGAAAGCCUCCGUGCCGCAGAUAUUAGAGGUCUUCCAGGAUGAAGCGGGCAUCAAUAGCAUCCAGCUCGAAGUGCUGCCGCCUUACGCAGACAUCAGCCAGGUGGCGCUGCCGGGCUCGCCGUACUUCCACGCCGACCUGCCUACCGGAGACCAGAUAUUCGCCAGGACCAAACCGAACUUCCCUAUACAGUUUGGCAGGGAUGUACUAUCAGGCCCGCCGAUCCUGAACUGCGACGACAAAGCAGACUGGCGGCAGUGCUUACUCAGUCGGGAAGACGAGGAGAUCUACGUCACGAAGUUUCGCGCCAAGUUCCGCCCCUACGACUUUACAGCGGAUGACAGUGACAGCGACUGAUCGGGGCGCACGGCAGUGCUGAGCCAAGUAUGUUAUCACUUGUAUUCUUGUAUGAGUAGAAAAAUUUUAAUAGAUGCCUUUAUAAGGCAAGGCGAUGGGUUUAUAGUUCCCACCAUAUUUUGAACUUUAUUAGUUUGUCUUAAGGUUCAAUAUUUUUUUUAAAAUAUGUAAAAUACAGCAAUAAAUUAUUUUGAUAAAAUAAAUAAAUAAAUUGAUGCGAUCGCGUUUUUAAACGAAUAAUGAUUUGUACAUAAUGUGUCUCAAUUAAGCGAAACAAUAGAAAAUUCAUUUAUAAAUAAUUUUGUAUAUUUUGUUGUCUAAUUUAAGGAAACUGUUAGCAAUAGGCACACUGCCGUGAAAGCCUUGUUCAAUUAACCGUGUACAAAAUAUACUCACCAUAGUUAUUUUAGUACUGUUAGGAAUGAUAUUUAAAUUAUAAAAUAAACACAUUUAAAGUAAA